AUGCCGCGGAGGGGUUUUUGCCGAAAAUUCAAUGAGUGCGUGUACAGACAGGCGCUCGAGGCGCGCGCGGCAGCCGCGCAGGCAUUUUUGGCGGACAAGGAGAAGGCGGGGGCCGGCGACGCGUCAUCCGGCGGCAAGGCGGGCGAGAAGCGCAAGGCGGACGACAGCGAGCCCAGCAAGGACCUCAAAAAGGCCAAACUAGAGACGAAGGCUUUGAAAGCGAAGAGGCCAGGUUUUACGGACGACCGCUACAACGAGACGUCGUACUACAUUGAAAAUGGUCUUCGCAAAGUGUAUCCGUACUACUUCACUUUCACCACAUUUACUAAAGGAAGAUGGGUUGGUGAGAAGAUCCUCGAUGUCUUUGCUCGGGAAUUUCGUGCGCAUCCCGCGGAAGAAUAUGAACGUUGCAUACGUGCCGGCACAUUGACAGUGAACUAUGAGAAAGUGGAUGUAGACUACAGGCUGAAACACAAUGAUCUCCUGGCCAAUGUUGUCCACAGGCAUGAAGUCCCUGUUACCUCCGACCCUAUCACCAUAGUUCACAUGGAUGAGGAUGUAGUGGUUGUUAACAAACCUGCCUCAAUCCCUGUUCACCCAUGUGGGAGAUAUCGUCAUAAUACAGUUGUGUUUAUACUUGCGAAAGAGUAUAACCUGAAGAAUUUACGCACUAUACACCGACUAGAUCGCCUGACAUCUGGUCUUUUACUCUUUGGGCGUACACCAAAGAAAGCUCGUUCAAUGGAGCAUCAAAUCCGUAACCGUCAAGUUCAGAAAGAAUACAUUUGUAGAGUGGAAGGUGAUUUUCCAAGUGAAAUCAUUGAAUGUGAAGAACCGAUAGAGGUAGUAAGUUACAAAAUAGGAGUUUGUAAAGUUUCACCAAAGGGAAAACAUUGUACCACAACAUUUCAGAAGCUAGGUUUCAAUGGAAAGACAAGUGUGAUUUCUUGUAAGCCACACACAGGUCGAAUGCACCAAAUCAGAGUGCACUUGCAGUAUCUAGGUUACCCAGUUGUGAAUGAUCCUCUUUACAACCACACAGUAUUUGGACCAGAAAAAGGCAAAGGCGGAAACAUUGGUAAGACAGAUGAGGAACUAAUAAGAGACCUCAUCAACAUCCACAACGCAGAAAACUGGCUUGGAAUGGAUGGAGAUUCUGAACUCAGCAUGUUCAAACCAAUGAAAAGUGAAUUAGAUGAUGGAAUUGUGAGCAAAGGUAUCACAUGUGAUGAAGAUGACGUCAGCAGGGAAGCUUCACCUUGUGAAGAAACUUGUGAAAAUGAGGUAGUGGGAGUGACUCAACAAGAAUCUGUUGCACCUCGCACAGACUCUCUGGAAAAUAGGACAAAAGUGACAGUGGCAACUCAGACUGGCCAUGAAGCACCUGACUUCAGCUUCAAUAUGGAUAAAAUGACAUAUGAUAAACACUGUUAUGAAUGUAAAGUUCGAUACAGGGAUCCAAAGCCUAGAGACCUUGUUAUGUAUUUACAUGCCUGGAAGUACAAGGGCCCCGGAUGGUCAUAUGAAACAGAACUUCCCGACUGGGCAAGAGUGGACUGGACAGAGCCUGAUGAAUGAACAAUCUUUUACCAGCUGCAGUAAGCAGGUGUCAUGCAGGGUCCAACAACCAACUAAAGAAGAUUCAGCUAGCAUUUCUUUUCAUGUAUUUGCCUCAGAGAACAUUGCUGAAGUUUUGUAAUCAACAAUGAAAAAUUUAUAUGGAAUGGUGUGAUAUUUUGAGGAAUGUUAAUCAGUGGUAUCCAUGGCUGAAUGUGUGAAGUCCAUAUGAAGACGUGGUUCAAGAACAAUAGUUUAGUUUGUUAGAGUGUGUAUGGGUGAUGUUAUCUGUCAUCAGACAAUUCUGUUUAUGACAAAAGCAUUGACUGGCUAUUGGCUGUGUGCAGUGUUCAGAGAGAAAACUUGAACAUCCUUGAAAUUCUUUUAUUUUAUUUUAUUUUACUUUUUUUUAACCAGAGAGGAAAAGUACUAUAGCAGAAAAUUAUGUGCUGCCAACUACAGGUCAUGCUUAAGAUGGACUUUAAACAAGUUCUCAAUAUCCUGAGAUUAUACAUGUUGUAAGUGGAUCAGUUUAAGCUACUGAAUGAAGACCCAUCUAUGUAACAUAUAUUUAUGUUAAUUGAGUAAAUGCAUCCACUUUUGGAUGUAUAUUGUCAUUAACUGAGAAAACAGAAAGCACAGAAUGAAUAAGUACAUUUAGUAAGGUUUGGACAUAGUCAUAAAUUUUAAAUCUAUCAAAUAAAUGCAUAUCAGAUGACAAUGUGUUCUACACUCUGGUAAGUGUUGCACACAUUGGCAGUUUGCACUAGAAACAAUCUUUCAUAAUAGAUGUUUGUGUUACAAAUUUUAUUUACUGGUACAUCUAUAAGACUAAACUGAAUUUUUAGUGCAACAGUAUUGAGAACAGUCACUGAGUCAUGGUGGAUCACAAACAUAUAAUGCACAAAAUUAUUGAGUUUCAUAAUUAAAAUAUCUGUGUCAUAUAAAGAUAUCUAAAUGUUUGUGUCUCUUUAAAUUGUGAAUAUUUGUAAAUGUAACAGUGAUGGGAUUUAGUUAUUGUCUGAUUGGCAGAAGUGUGAGAGGAUAUUUACUGAGUGAUGUAGGUAAUAAAGCACUAAAAAGACCUAUAGUAGGAAGUAUUUGAGUCUCAUGAUUUGGAAUUGGAGAAUACUGUUAACUUUUCACUAAACAAAAUUGUUAAAUAGUUCACAAUGUAAGUCAUAUGUGCAGAUUUCGUUGUCAGUUGGGCUACAACUACAAACAGAAUAACUUUUCUGGACAAAUUAUAAUUUACAUUAAAUGAUUUUUAAUGUUAAGGUUCUGUCCAACAUAACCUGCUAAUACAGCUACCGUCUCAUGUACAUAACUCAUUUUAUCCAAGACAAGCUGCUGUUGUAUUGAUCCCUUGCAUAGCACAUUCCUUGUCACAUAUAUUCAAUUGCAACUUUAUACACUGUUGUACAAUUUGUGAUUGUAAGGUUACCAGAUUUUCAAAUACAUGUAUAAAAAUCUCUUUGCAUUGCUUGGAUUCUAAAGUUUCUUUAUUUGAUUUAAAUCAGAUGGACGAAUCAUUUCGUAAGAAGUGCGAAAGAAACAUGAAUUAUCUCAGCUGUUAUUUAAAAUCCAUCUUCUGCAUUUGAUGAUGUGUAUAAAAAUAUCAGAACAAUUGUGAUAGUACACAGACUUGAGACAUCAGAAAUAGUAUUCCCAGUAGCAGGCUAAAAAUGCAUAUAUUAUAAGAGCUUCCCCUUUGGCCUUGUUUGUACUUAAAAUGUGGUGUUAGGACUACAGACUGUGCCUUGUGAAUUUCAUUAAAUGUUUUUAGAAGAAAAAGAAUUUGCUAUUAAUGAAACAAUUAAUUUCAACAUAGAUUUUUACUUUCUUCCUCUGUAAAUGUAUCUGUGCUCUCAAAGCUGGUAUGCUGUAUACACUCUAAUUACAUUAGAAACUAAGUUGCAUAGUGAAUCUGAUAAAAGUGUGAGAUGGUAGUACAUCUUCUUAAAACAAUUUACAUUCUCAAAAGUGUUACACUGGUUUUUCUCCA